UGUGAAUGAGUAACUGUGUGGAGGCUAUUAUCAGAGGAGCAACAUGCACAGGUCAUACCAGCCUCUUAAACCCGUCACUAACCGCUACCUGCAGCAGCGAUGGGACCAGAUGAGCUACGAAGACCACCGCAGGAAGGUGAGCUCCGCUCUGCCGGCAGUGGACACCAAGGGCAACGUGACACCAGCUCACAUCCAGCUCAAGCUGAAAAAACUGCAGCUGCAGGAUGAGCGUCUGUCAAUCAUUGACAGAGACAAUCGCCUCCUAGCCUCCAAACUGGUUGACAUCUUUUCCUCCAAAGGUCUCGUGGACCACAGGAACCAGUACCACCCGAGGAGUCUGAAUGCGACCAAGAGGAAGCAGGAGCUUCUGUUGGUCACCCAUCAGAAUCAGGCCAUCUACCAGCGAAUCACAUCUCGCCAGUCGGAGUAUCGCCGCCAGCUGUGGUCAGACAACUGGCAGAGGACGGAACGUCGGCUGGACAACAUUUCUCGAUACCCGAGACAGCCAGCAGAUAAACAGAGGUCACACAGGAAAGUGAAGUUUGUGGCCAUGGAGGGCAGCGAGCAGUCUAUGAGCUGCAGAAACUCUGACACCUACCGCACCAACAGAGAACUCUCCUGAACACCCAGAUCUGUCUCCAAUCAGACUAUAUGUGCCC